ACCGUGCAUGCGCACGCACCGCCCCCUCUGCGUCUGAGAGAGGAGCCGCCGCGAGACCGAGCAGAACCGAACGGGGGAGGAGUUAAUUACCAUGGCGGAUCAGCGGCAGCGCUCUCUCUCCACGUCCGGAGAGUCUCUGUACCACGUCCUGGGUCUGGACAAGAAUGCCACGUCCGACGACAUCAAGAGGUGUUACCGGAAGCUGGCGCUGAAGUAUCACCCCGACAAGAACCCCGAUAACCCAGAGGCGUCGGAGAAAUUCAAGGAGAUCAACAAUGCCCACGGAAUCCUGACGGACGCCACGAAGAGGAACAUUUACGACAAAUAUGGCUCGCUGGGGCUGUAUGUGGCCGAGCAGUUUGGAGAAGAGAAUGUGAACACGUACUUUGUGCUGUCCAGCUGGUGGGCCAAGGCGCUCUUCAUGUGCUGCGGGUUGGUCACCGGCUGUUAUUGCUGCUGUUGUCUCUGCUGCUGCUGUAACUGCUGCUGCGGGAAAUGCAAACCGAGACCCCCCGAGGGGGACGAGCCUGAAUUCUAUGUGUCCCCCGAGGACUUGGAGGCUCAGCUACAGUCUGAUGAGAGGGAUUCCUCUGAUGCCCCUGUGGUAGUACAACCCAGCUCAGCUACGGAGACCACACAACUCACCAGCGACUCCCAUGCCAGCUACCGCACCGACGGAUUCAACUAAUGGCGCGCGGGACCCCCGGAUCACUAGGAUUAGAGAGCAGGGGGGAGAACUGAGUAUGACCCUGUGCCCCCUGUGUAAGCUUCCCUCUGCCCCGUCAUCAGACCAGCGUUAUCUGCCCCCCCCUUGGUGCGGUGAUUGAAUGUCUGGAGAAAGCCGCCGCAUGCUCACCGCUCACCCCCUCACGACAAAUAUUUUAAUUUAUUUUUAAUUUC